CUCCUCCCAGCCCAACCCCUCCCUAUCCCGGUUUUAGCACGGCGCUGGCCGCAGUCUUGACAGGAACGGGACGGGCCCAAGAUGGCGGCGGCCGAUGGCGACGACUCGCUCUACCCCAUCGCGGUGCUCAUAGACGAGCUCCGCAACGAGGAUGUUCAGCUUCGCCUCAACAGCAUCAAGAAGCUGUCCACCAUUGCCUUGGCCCUCGGGGUUGAAAGGACCCGCAGUGAGCUUCUGCCCUUCCUUACAGAUACCAUCUACGAUGAGGAUGAGGUCCUCUUGGCCCUGGCGGAGCAGCUGGGCACCUUCACCACUCUGGUCGGAGGCCCCGAGUACGUGCACUGCCUGCUGCCGCCCUUGGAGUCGCUGGCCACGGUGGAGGAGACGGUGGUGCGGGAUAAGGCAGUGGAGUCCCUGCGGGCCAUCUCGCACGAGCACUCCCCCUCCGACCUCGAGGCCCACUUUGUGCCCCUGGUGAAGCGGCUGGCGGGCGGCGACUGGUUCACCUCCCGCACCUCAGCCUGCGGCCUCUUCUCUGUCUGCUACCCCCGCGUGUCCAGUGCCGUCAAGGCGGAGCUUCGACAGUACUUCCGGAACCUGUGCUCAGAUGACACCCCCAUGGUGCGGCGGGCCGCAGCCUCUAAGCUGGGGGAGUUCGCCAAGGUGCUGGAGCUGGACAACGUCAAGAGCGAGAUCAUCCCCAUGUUCUCCAACCUGGCCUCUGACGAGCAGGACUCGGUGCGGCUGCUAGCGGUGGAGGCAUGCGUGAACAUCGCCCAGCUCCUGCCCCAGGAGGACCUGGAGGCCUUGGUGAUGCCCACCCUGCGCCAGGCUGCUGAGGACAAGUCUUGGCGUGUCCGUUACAUGGUGGCCGACAAGUUCACGGAGCUCCAGAAAGCGGUGGGGCCUGAGAUCACCAAGACAGACCUGGUCCCUGCCUUCCAGAACCUGAUGAAAGACUGUGAGGCCGAGGUGAGGGCCGCCGCCUCCCACAAGGUCAAAGAAUUCUGUGAAAAUCUCUCCGCUGACUGUCGGGAGAAUGUGAUCAUGACCCAGAUCUUGCCCUGCAUCAAGGAGCUGGUGUCUGACGCCAACCAGCACGUCAAGUCGGCGCUGGCCUCCGUCAUCAUGGGCCUCUCCCCGAUCCUGGGCAAAGACAGCACCAUCGAGCACCUCCUGCCCCUCUUCCUGGCCCAGCUGAAGGACGAGUGUCCGGAGGUGCGGCUGAACAUCAUCUCUAACCUGGACUGCGUGAACGAGGUGAUCGGCAUCCGGCAGCUGUCGCAGUCCCUGCUCCCUGCCAUCGUGGAGCUGGCGGAGGAUGCCAAGUGGCGGGUGCGGCUGGCCAUCAUUGAGUAUAUGCCUCUGCUGGCGGGACAGCUGGGGGUGGAGUUCUUUGAUGAGAAACUCAACUCCUUGUGCAUGGCCUGGCUUGUGGAUCAUGUCUAUGCCAUCCGCGAGGCGGCCACCAGCAACCUGAAGAAGCUGGUGGAGAAGUUCGGGAAGGAGUGGGCCCACGCGACUAUCAUCCCCAAGGUCUUGGCCAUGUCUGGGGACCCCAACUACCUUCACCGCAUGACCACACUCUUCUGUAUCAAUGUGCUGUCCGAGGUCUGCGGGCAGGACAUCACCACCAAGCACAUGUUGCCCACCGUGCUGCGCAUGGCCGGGGACCCUGUCGCCAAUGUCCGCUUCAACGUGGCCAAGUCCCUGCAGAAGAUCGGGCCCAUCCUGGACAACAGCACACUGCAGAGUGAGGUCAAGCCCGUCCUCGAGAAGCUGACCCAGGACCAGGACGUGGACGUCAAGUACUUUGCCCAGGAGGCUCUGACUGUUCUGUCUCUUGCCUGAUGCUGGAAGAGGAGCCACCGCCAGCCUCCGGUGUCUGCCCUCCCCCUCCAGGCUCCUCCCUGGGGGGACAGUGGGGGGCCUUUGGCUGUCACUCCCUGUGCAUGGUCUGACCCCAGGUCCCUUCCCCGGCACAGUUCCUCCCUCAGCCUGGGACAUCCACCCCCCCCACGGGGCCGGGGGCGCACAAGGUGGGACAGAGCAGAGACCCUGGGAGGAAGGGGCCACUCCCGCCCUUUGGGGUGAGGCGGGAGCAUCCCAGGUCGCCGGCUCCUGCUGCUGUAUGGGGACCCCUCCCCCAUCUCCUCCACCUCCCUCCCUUCCUCUCGGUGGUUUUUUUGUGUCAAUUGUGCUGUUUUUAUUUUAUUCCCUUGCCCCCCUUUUCACAGAGAAAUAAAGGUCUAGAAAUA